CGACUGCAUGUGUGGAUUUUGUCUUCCUUUGAUAUGAACUCCAGUCAGCACUCUUCGGGUCGUAAACGCAAACAAGAGUACAUUCCUAAAGAAAGAUAUGAUAUAGAUGGAACACUGAUAAAGAAUGAAGAAUACAGCAAUAAAAAAUCAACUUGGGACUUUAGAGAAAUAGUAAAACAAAAAAAGACACUUUUCUAUAUACGCUGACGAUCUAUUCAUCUAGAUUCGAGAUCAGCGUAAAUACUAUGAAGCAAUGAAGGAUGCACAAGCUUUUGUAAAGGCAAAAAAGAAUGAAAAAGAAGCUCUGGUUCUUAUUGAUCACGAACGUUGUUGGACAGAGGAGAUAGAUGACUUGUUCUUCUCAAGGAGAAAACGAGGCAUGGUCUCUUGGUAUAUGCCAAUAGGCUCACCCAUCUAUUAUGAAUUUGAAAGAUUUUAUGAAAAUUUAAAAGAAAGCGUAAACAAGGAUAAAAAGCCAGCAACUGUUAAAAGAGACCCAAUGUCCAUCAUAAAACAAGAAGGAGAAUUCAUUCGUCAUGCAUUAGUCUUAUUUCAUGACUUUACUGAAAAGAAAAAACGGAUUCUCAGAGAAAAGAUCGAAACUAAUCGACAGUUAUUGCCUGUAACUCCCUUUGCAAAUGCAAUUGUGGAAACGCUCAGAAAGCACAGGGUAUUACUCGUCGCAGGGGACACAGGCUGUGGUAAGAGCACACAGGUGCCUCAAAUCUUAAUGAAGGCUGGAUUUGACAAGAUCGCAUGUACACAGCCUCGACGUAUCGCCUGCUCUUCACUAGCAAGACGUGUGAGUUAUGAGACGCUGAAUGAGUAUGGAUCUCAAAUAGCAUAUCAAGUGCGGUUUGAAGGCAACAGGACACACCGUACACGCGUUUUGUUCUUGACAGAAGGGCUGUUGCUUCGACAGUACACUGCGGAUAAUAUGCUUUCGAUGUAUGAUGUGAUUAUAGUCGAUGAAGUGCAUGAGCGACACAUGAUGGGUGAUUUUUUACUAUCUCUUUUAAAAAAGACACUGGCACAGCGCAAAGAUCUUUAUGUUGUCCUCAUGAGCGCCACCAUUAAUGCAGAACUGUUUGCACAGUAUUUUGAUGCACCUACAUUAGUCGUGCCAGGAAAGAUGUACAGUGUUAAGAUGCAUUAUUGGCCGCAAGGAGAUGAGGAUACGCAUUUGGUGAAUGAGGCUGCACAUAGAAAAAGACAGACUGAUGUUAUAAAGAGUUCUAUACCCAGUCGGCCUGAACCAAUUAAUCCAGCACCCUAUAUCAGAGUGAUGGACUAUAUUGAUCAAUCUGUUCCUGCAGGAGAAAGAGGCGAUUUACUUAUAUUCAUGUCUGGCAUAAAUGAGAUAUCAAUCCUUUCUGAAGCAUUAAUAGAGUAUACCCGAGAAUCAAAAAAGUGGAUUGUACUUAUGCUACAUUCAUCCCUUUCAGUCGAAGAACAAGAAAAGGUCUUUGACGCUGCACCUGAAGGAAUUCGUAAAUGCAUCAUUAGUUCAAACAUAGCAGAAACUAGUAUAACUAUUGAUGACAUUCGCUUCAUAAUUGAUUCAGGCAAAGUAAAAGAGAUGAACCAUGAUCCAGCAUCCAAAAUGAGCCGUCUCUCUGAAUUUUGGAUAUCCAAAGCUAGUGCAAAGCAACGUGCAGGUCGUGCAGGGCGUACAGGCCCAGGAGAAUGCUUCCGACUUUAUUCUGAAAAUGAGUAUAAUCACUUUCAUGAUUUUGCAAUCCCAGAAAUCCAGCGCGCUCCACUCGAGCCACUUUUGUUGCAAAUCAAGUGUAUGGAUUUAGGCGACCCGCGUCACUUUGAUUAUCUUGAAGCUCCUUCUAUAGACGCAAUCAAUGCAUCUAUUGACUUUUUGCAAAACUUGGGGGCUCUUGAUUCAAACGAGAAUAUAACAGGGCUAGGCGCCGUUUUAGCUCAGUUACCUGUGGAUGCCAUUGUUGGAAAGAUGUUAAUUCUCGGCAUGGUAUUUAAUGUAAUUGAUCCUAUUGUUACUAUUGCUGCUGGUAUGAGUGUUCAAUCUCCUUUUGUUCGCAUUACUUCUAAUAGAAACCCGGAAAUCAUCAAGAAUCGAAGUCAGUUUGACUCCAAACAUGGUGACUCGUUUACGCUCUUGAAUGUUUGGCAAGCAUGGUUAGACGUGAAGAAUGAUCGCAAAGAAUCCUCACGUAAAUGGUGUAAAAGACACGGUAUUGAAGAACAGCGAUUAUAUGAGAUUACAAAAAUGAAGAAACAGUUUGAAAAGAUUCUGAAUGACUUUCGACCGGGUCUCUUACAAAGCCUUCAACAGGAGUCUGAUGAUUAUGAAGUAAACCAGAGUACACAAUCACGGCAUCAGAUAAAGGAAAAAUUACGUAGAGAAAAGUUUGAUCAAAAGACGAAUAAAAGACGAAAGGUACUUGAGAUGAAUACGUUUGACGAACAAGAAGACGAACCAUCGGAUAAAGUAGAUAUCAGAGACCUUGAAUUUGCACUCAUGAAUGACGUGCGUCAACUUCGAUCAAGGGCAUCUAGUUUAAGUAAACGACAGGUUGAGCUGGUCAAGUUGAUCAUUUGCUCUGCUUUAUAUCCUCAAUUUGCCAUUGGAGAUGAGCAUAAUCCACACAGGAAUAGCAAUGAGCUCGUAUUUCAUACGACAGUAAAGAGCUUCUUAUGUAUUCAUCCUACCAGUGUCGUAGCAUCCCAUCCUGAAUGGGUACAAGGAGAUGACCCAAAACGACGAAAAGAUGAUCAAACAGCAGAAGAUGCUAUGCAGCAACAAUUACUGUGCUACCUACAGCUUUUGGAGACUAACAAGCCCUAUAUACUAAAUAUAACCAGAACUCCCGGAAUUCAUGUACUGCUUUUGUUUGCCAAGUCCAGUAUGUUUCUUAUAUAUAUUAAUCAUACACAGGCCUCAUACAUUGUUUUAUAGUUGAUACGAAUUUUGAUUGUAGCUUGCUCGUGGUUGACAAAUACUAUAUAAUAAGAUUCCGUACGACACCUGUUGCUGAAUAUGUACUUUACCUAUCUUCCAAACUUCGUAGCAUAUGGAAUAAGCUGCUUAAUCUUCGAA